AUUAAGAUGUAAGCGCCUAUAUAUUGAACAUUCUUCAAUCUCUUAAUCAACAUCAGUAUCAUCCACAAACAGAGCUCAACUUCUCAGUAAAAACUAAACCAAUUAAUGGAGGCAAUCGACUCAGUGUUUGAUCCACUCAGAGAAUUUUCAAAGGACAGCAUCCGCCUCGUCAAGCGCUGCCACAAACCCGAUAGCAAAGAGUUCACAAAGGUGGCGGUUCGUACUGCGCUAGGAUUUGUAGUGAUGGGAUUUGUUGGGUUCUUUGUCAAAUUGAUCUUCAUUCCGAUCAACAAUAUCAUUGUUGGAUCCGGUUAGGUGACAAUGGAUUGCUCGAAUGCGAUAAUGACGGAAACCUUUUCUUUUUUGGCAUAGGAGUGUGUUGGUUAUAAAGUUUUACGUUGCUUUGCUUAUUUGUUGUUUAUACAAAACUACGAGAUCGAAAUCCAAAAUUUCGGAUACUUUUGUAAGGAUAUUCAAUUUUCUGUUA